CCUCCUUGGAUGAACAGGAACAAAUUAUUCAUUAAUAAGGGCUUGGAUUUUGUUUGAUGUGAUAGGUAGUAAGUGAGCAGAUGGCCACAAAACUACAUGUCUAAAUUCAUUCCAAGUAGUUUUAACUACACAGGCAACCUGUUCAUUGGUAUUAGUGUUGAGUAAAGACCUAUUAAGCCGCACCUACAAGGAUCAAUUAGGAAGGCGCGCCUUCUAGCCGCCAGAACACUCAACAAAGCUUUUAGUCUAGACCUACACCUCAACCUCAACCUGAUCAGUAAUCAAAAUUCGAGUUCACCUCCACGCCAACAUCACCACUAGGGCAAUAAUGGACCCGAUGGAGAUCGACACGACGGCGCCCGCAGCCCCAGCGUCUCCUGCCCUGGAAAGAAGCCAUACAUUCCCAGCUAGACCACCUCCACCUUCAAACAGGCCACCUCUUGCCAAACGCGUCUCGUUUGAUGUGCCUCAGCGAUUCGACGAGCCAAAGCGACACCGUAUCUCACCUCCGCCACCGGUACAGCUAACAGACACAACCACGUCGCCUGCCACACCAGCCACACCUACUCCCCCGACCAUCAGCCUCCUCCCCUCCAUCUUCCUCCCUUUCCACGGAGUUCCCACAAUCCCCUCCUCUGCGCCCCUAACCCGCGAAGCUACCCUCGUUCAGACGAUUGAGAACCUCACCGCACAGAAGAAAGCUGCAAAGCGGGUACAGAUUCACCUUGCUCUCCAGGAACGUGAUCGCAUCAUUGCCGCUGAGCGUGGUAAGGUGCGCGCUGCCGCGGAAGGGGGAGUGAGCGAAGCGUCGCAGGAUGUUACGGCAGAGGAGAUGGAUGCAAUUAUCUCGCGCCUGGCGGCAAGGCCAGACCCAAAGAAAACGAGUAGGGAGUUCGAGUUCAGAGGUGGAGACUGGAUCCGCGACCCCGCGGAGAGGGAGAAGUGGAAGCGGCCGAAGGGAGAGGAGUUGGGGCGUGGAGCGGCGGAGAAGGUGUUGGCGUUGACGGCUGAGGCAGCAGCGAAAAUGAAGGCGUAUGAGCUGCAGAGUAAUUUGGUGGUGGAGGGGAAGAAGAGGGCGCUGGAGAAUGAGAGGAAGAGGAUGGGGGCGUUGGUGGGGACAAGAGUGGAGGGAAGCGGCGCGACGAGGUGAGAUUGAGAUUGAGGUGAAAGAAAUGGGUUCUUGGUGCAUGAGCUGGCGUUUGGAGUUUACUAGGAGUUCUUGCACGUCAUGAGCUGUGGCACACGGAGUUUACUAUAGGAAUCGGAAUACCCAUGGAAACUAGCCUUCAUUCUGCCUUCAGGAAAGUGGCUAUAUACAGCCUCCACAAUGAUAAUUCUAAACACAAUGCAAAUUUCAAGACAAGACAUUAGAAGAAUUAAAUAGUUG